UGUAAAUUACUGUAAAAAUGUGUAAAUUACUGUAAAAAAUGUGUAAAAAUGUGUAAAAAGUGUGUAAAUUACCUUUAAAAAUGUGUAAAUUAGUGUAAAAAGUGUCUAAAAUGUGUAAAUAAAUGAAAAAAGUGUGUAAAUAAGUGUAAAAAGUGUGUAAAACGGUGUUAGAGAAUGUUUUGGAGUGUUUUGAGGAUGUAUAGAGGGAGGAAUAAUCCGAUAGGUCGUGUGGGAUUUAAAAAGGCUUUGAUUCGUGGCAGAGCGCAGAAAUCGCCUGAGAUUCUAUUACCGCCGUACAUCUCAAUCCAGGAGCUGAGACUAAUGUUGAAUUCUGACUACAUUUCGUGUUUUCGGAGCGCUAAAGUCUCAAUCUCGAAACGUCAGUACACCUGGUCAGACUCACACGGAAGAACCUUUCAGACCUCUAACAAGAGGAACGUGAUAAUUCCAUAUGAGACAUCGAGUUACUUGAGUAAAAUGAUGCGAUUUAAACCCAUUAAAGUUGAUCCGGAACCUGUGAUCCCAAAGAGUAAAUCCGUGGGUAUACCAAUUAUUGCCGUUGUCGGACAUCAUAAACAUGGGAAAACCACCCUCAUCAAUAACAUCACCGGCACCAAAUUCCAUAAUACAGGGGUAACAAGUAUAACAGGGGUAACGGUGUGUGAUUGUGAUGGUAGGUUUACAUAUUUGGACACUCCGGGUGAUGUGAAUUUUGAGGUUCUGAGGGGUAGGGCAAUUCACGUGUCAGACUUGUGUGUAAUUGUAAUCUCGUCAGAGGGCCCUGAAACCGUGACCCGUGACGUCAUUUUACAAGUUAACAAAUUCAACACUCCAGCCAUUUUCUGCAUCACCAAGAGUGAUUUACACUAUAACAACGUUGAUAUUAUCAAGUCAGAACUGUCACUGCAGCUGAACUUACUACUCCAGGCCGGACUAAUCCACAGAAACUUCACACAGGAAUUGGAUAAUGCUGUGAUUGUGUCCUCUUACGAUAGGAGUAGUAUUGACACACUCAAGGAAGUAAUUAAGAGAAAAUUACGUGAAAUAACACCCGGUCACACUGUAAUUGAUAAAGUAAAUAGUGUGGAGAAUUUUGAAAAGUAUGUGAGAAGAUCGAACAGUUUGGUGGGUUCGAAGGUGGUGAAGGGUGUUGGGUUUAUCUUGGAAGUUACCAAAUCGCAGUCCCACGGCAUUGUCCUAAACGUCAUUGUCACUUUCGGCACCAUCACACACGGGAACUAUUUCGUCGCCGGCACCUCAUACGGCAGAGUCUCCUCCUUACUCAUUACCAACACUGUUAAUAGUGUGAAUAGUGUAAACUCUGGUAACACUAAUACUACUGUAAACACUGUAAAUAGUGUAAAUAGUGUGAAUAGUGUAAAAGUGGGAAUGGUGGUGGGCGUGACGGGAUUGAGGAGUUUGGACGGUGUGGGAGUGGACGAUGAGUUGUUGGUAAUGUCGCAGCAUGACGCGUUUAGGCUAAGUCAGUACAGGAAACAAAUCCAAACACUAAAAUCAUCACAAAUCAAAGGUCCAGAAAUCAAUACCCCGUGGAACACAACCCUACACGAAUAUCCAAAUGUGUAUAAUAAUCAACUAAAUGUAACUAAUGGAACUGUGGAACAGUCUGUAGAUACUGUUCCAGUAGACCCUGUAGCCCCCUUAGAUCGUGUGGAGACAACUGUAGCCCCCGUAGAGUCGUUGGAGAGUUCGAUAUACUUAAAGCCCCUGGAGGAGGACGAAUGGACCUUAAACGCCAAAUUACAUAACCAACAGUUACACCAACGAUGGCACCACAAAUACGCCACCAACUCUCACACAACUCACUCUGUUAACACUUCAGACAAAGUUGACACAACUCACACAGUUGACACAGUUGACACUUCAGACAAAGUUGACAAAGUUGACAAAGUUGACAAAGUUGGGGGAAUAGUUGACAGAGUUGGGGGAAUAGUUGACAAAAUUGGGGGAGUGGUAGUGCCUGUGAUAUUGAGGGCAAAUUACUUGGGAGUGUUUGAGAGUUUGUUGGACGGGAUAGAGGAGCUAGAGCGUGAGUUGGGAGUGAGGAUACCGUUGGUUCACGGCGGGAUUGGGCCGGUGAUCCCCAGUGACAUAGUCCAGGCACAAAUUGGAAACAAGUUCACAUUCUGCCCCGUCUACAGUUUUCAAGUACCAAUCCACACCGACGCAGCCAAACACGCAAUCAUCAACAAAGUUGUCAUCAAGUCAUUCAACCAACACGCCGAUCUACUCAACGAUAUCAGACAACGCUGCAAUCACACACUCAAACUUCAAUAAUUUACUACGCCACUA